AUGGGGCCUUAUCAACCAGAUAUGUUGGAGUAUCCGGCUACAAAAUUUGGAAGUCAAAAUCGUCGAUUUCAGAAAAAAUGGUUCCAGAAAUUUCAUUGGUUGGAAUAUUCGCCUUCAACAAAUAAGGCAUAUUGUUUUUAUUGUUUUCUUUUUCUGAAUGAUAUUAAUUCAUCUAAUAUCUCAGCACUGGUCAAUGAAGGAUUUGACAAUUGGAAAAGAGUAAAUCAAGGAAAAACAUGUGCAUUUCUUGCUCAUAUUGGUUCUGUAGCUUCUUCACCGCAUACUAUGUGUGAGAGAAGGGUUGAAAAUUUGAUGAGACCUUCUCAACAUAUCGAUAAUGUGAUUCAUGUUCAAGCUAAAGAGGAAAAGGAGAAAAAUCGUUUGCAUUUGAGGACCUCAAUUGUCACUGUUCGCUGGCUAGCACUUCAAGGUUGUGCCUUUAGAGGCAACGAUGAAUCUUUAUCUUCAUCUAAUCGUGGAAAUUUUCUUGAAUUGGUGAAGGCUUUUGCAAAAAUGAGUACAGAAAUUAAUGAAGUUGUACUAGAAAAUGCUCCAAAAAAUGCUCAAUAUAUUGCUCCAGAAAUUCAGAAAGAGAUUUUACAUAUUAUGGCCAAUAGAGUACGACAGAUGAUUCGUAAAGAAGUUGGAGAUAAAGUCUUUUGUAUUCUUGUUGAUGAAGCACAAGAUAUAUCUAAACGGGAGCAAAUGACCAUUAUCUUGAGGUUUGUGAAUAAUCAUGGGAUUUUGACAGAAAGAUUUUUUGUCAUCAAAAGUGUUAGUGACACUACCUCAUUGAAUCUGAAAAAUGAAAUAUCAAAUGUUCUUAUACAUUAUGACUUACAAGUUAAGAAAAUUAGAGGUCAAGGAUAUGAUGGUGCUAGCAAUAUGCGUGGUGCAUGGAAUGGACUUCAGGCAUUAUUUCUCAGAGAUUACAAUAUUGUCAAUAUUGUCACUUCUUCUACUAAGUGUAUUGCUGAGUUACGUACUGCACAAAGAAAUGAAAUUGAACAUAUGUUGGCAAUUGGAGAACGUGAUUUUGGAAGUGGGGCCAAUCAGAUUGGUAGUUUGCAACGGGCAGGAGCUACUCGUUGGAGUUCUCACGAUGACUCAGUAAAAAGCUUGAUAGCAAUAGAUUCCAUCUUGAUGGAGUUAAAUACUCGGUUCAAUGAGUCAUCGAUGGAACUACUUUCUCUUAGUACAGCUUUAGAUCCUAAAAAUUCAUUUGACUCAAUCAACAGUGAUGAUAUUUGCAAACUUGCAAAGAAGUUUUAUCCUGAAGAUUUCACAAUGCAAAAUUUGAAGGUUUCAACACUUGUUAAGUUGUGUCAGCAAUUGACUGAGAGUGGGCGAUCAAAGGUUUACAUUAUGUUGACUAGAUUGAUUCAUCUUAUUUUGACGUUACCUGUUUCUACCGCCACUACUGAGCGAGCAUUUUCAGCAAUGAAGCAUGUGAAGACGGCACUUCGCAAUAAAAUGGAGGGUGAUUUUCUUGAAGAUUGUUUAACACUCUAUAUUGAACGAGAUUUAGCUAAAGAUAUAGAUGUAUAUUCUAUUAUAGAUGAAUUUUAUGUUUCAAAAUCUCGUAGGGCACAAUUUUGA